AAAACCUGUCACAUGCUUUGAAACAUAAACAAACUCAUUUAUUUUUCAACACGACGUUUCAUUAAUCUGCACAGCAACUAUCUAUUUACUGAAACUUGCAACGCACUGUCAAAAUUAUUCACCACUCCAUUCUACCAACUGAAGAAUUACCAUUCAAACUGAUGGAUUUUACGCAGUAUGAACUGAAAAUUUAUGUAUUUUAAUUAAUAACAUUAUUUAUUAAAUCCGAGGAUUUUUAUAAUAUUUGUGACCGUAGUUAUUAUUAUUUUAUAUUCCGCUGAAAUAACGAUUAAUUCAUUAAGUCAAAAUAAAAGUGUACUACAGGCUUUCAGCUACGCCAUUUAAAGUAUUAGAAUACUUUGCGCGCCAUUCUGGUUACAAAAAUGAACUAUUGAGUGAAAUGGAACAAUAAAAGUUUUUUUAUUAACUUUUAGAAUGAGUGAUGUAUAUAUAAUAAGAAAUUUUUAAUUAGGUCAUACGCUCAGAAUAUUCUGAAGUCUGUGAAUGCGUUUCAUUAUUUAAAACGAAAGAAUAUGAAGUAAGUCAUUUUUCAAAUGGAUGAAGCCAAUCAUUAGAGAUUGGUAAACACGAUCACGGCUAUUGUUUGGAAUAAUACAAUAGUUUUUAUUGAAAAGGCGUACAGUUAACAAAAUGUUGACGUUGGAAACAUUUCAUUUAACUCAUCCCGAAGUAUUGUCAGAUCCCGAGCUUCGGGAUAUUUUAGAAAAUUGUUGUAUUGACUUCAAUAAUUACAAACAUUUAUCCAGAUCUCAGCUAAUAGAAUUAUACAAACGGGUGGCAAUGCCCCUUCCUAAAAGAGGAACAGAAAAUUCUCAAAAUUCAACUACUAAAAGCAAUAAUGAACAAGAGAAACAACAUUCGUCGAAUCAAUGUCAAAAAGAUAUAACUUCAUUAAAUGGCGAAAGUAACACGAAAAGAAAUACAAAAGAAAUGAAAACUUCUCCAUUACCAUAUUCAACAAAACCAAAGUCUCCUGUGAACGAGAUUAAAGAAAUACCUAAGAAGAUACGUUUGUAUAAUUCAAAUAAUCUGAAGGACUGUAACGGUGUUAAUAAACGUGUUAAUGUAGAGAAGCAUGAUGAAGCUCCAUUGAAGAAAAGACAGAAGAUUACAUGGCCAUAAUAGUAUUAUGCCGUUAGAUAUUUAUAAUGUAUAAAAAUUAUUUUCUUAAGAGUACGCCCGUUACUCUUGUUAGCCAUUAAAAAAUAGUACAUAAAUCUAUCAUGAACAUCUAUCGUAAACUGAUACAGUUAAUAUUAUAGGAAAUAAACGAUGUUAAACAGGCAUGUAUUAUUAUAUAAACGCAAACUUGCAGAAAUACUUCUGCACGCUUGAUUAAUGUUCAAUGGAACCCAGAAAUCUCGUUGGAUCUGCGAUCCUAUGAACAACACUACGUUGCAUAAUUCAUAUUAAGAUGCGCUCUGAUCGAAUCGAAAACCAGACACGGAAUUUCGAAUUUGAAAGCGAAACGCAGAGACAUUCUAGAGCGGCGCGUCUCGAAUUGUCCCCGAUUAGUAUUCCACGCGGGGCGUGUUCGCAUGACGGAAACGUUACACUUAAGGCUGGAACUAAAGCCGCAUCAAAUUACGCAACGGUGAAAGCACAACAAGACGCUUCAAUGGAGAGAGCUCGGUGUUUAUGGUUCACCGUUGGUGUCACGUGUGCGUCACUACAAAUGGUACACCAGAGCCCCGGUGAUUCAGGUUCUCGAGGGAUGCGGUUCUACAAGGAAAAACAAUACAGCGACACGAGAUAAAUUCGCUCCGGACAAUUAUCAGUUAAGAUUCAAACGACGCCUUAACUCGUUCAUCUUGAUAAGCCUACCUGUUAGAGAGUUCCAAACGAGAGCGAAACUUUUACCACGGAGAACGGAAGCGUGUCACG